AAAUAUUCGAAGUUUUAUUUAUUUUUGCUGUAAAAUAUUUAUAAAAUAUAGCACCCUGGCCUUACGGGUUACGUACGUGUAUAGUCCGUACCCAUCGUUAGUUCUAAUAGCACGCCUGCCCGCGGCGUAUGCGUAUCCGGAUGGGGCGAUGGGCUCCUUCAAGGACUUGGGCAAGCUCGUUAAUGGCGCAUCCCUGGUCGCCGGGGAGAUCUUCAAACGUUCGCCGGCUCUAGAAAGCGCCCGACACGGCGAUUUCGAAGCCCUCCUGAAGAAAGCCCUCCUUUCCGCCGCUGACAUUUCCGGCCUCACCAGAGGCAGGGUUCGGGAGUUCUCUAACCCACCACUUCCCCGAUCCUCAACCACCCAGAGUGUCGUCUACUUCGCGGAUUCCCCCCACAACGACGUCGUCUCAGACUCAGAGCCCCCCGCUCAGCUUCACACACCUAAUAAUAAUAAGGACUACCUUCUUCAUCAAUCUGCCCCAACGGAUGAGGAAGCUUUCCAUCCUCGCACUUCCACGCAUGUUGAUAAAAGCGAUCAUGCUCAGGGUUUUUCAUCUCCGGCGGAUGCCAGCGGCAGUGAUGAUGUUCUUAAUGUAAAUUUGCCCCGUCAGGAUGCCAGCGGUAGCGAUGAUGUUCUUAAUGUAAAUUUGCCCGCCCGGGAUACUUCGCUGCCCAAGAGGCGGAGGCCGAGGGAGAGGAGAGUUCCUUCAACGCCUUUCUCGAGGGCCCUUGGAUUUGCUGGUCUAGGAGCUGGUCUUGCAUGGGGAACGCUUCAGGAAUCUGCCAAGAGGCUUGUCUUUGGUACGCCAAACUUACAAGACAAGCAAUCUGCUCUUUCCCCAUUUCUUUCUGAAAAAAAUGCAGAAAGACUAGCUCUUGCACUAUGUAGAAUGCGCGGAGCAGCCCUCAAGUUAGGGCAGAUGUUGAGCAUACAGGACGAAACCCUUGUGCCUGCUCCGAUAUUGGCUGCAUUGGAUAUUGUUCGUCAAGGUGCAGAUGUAAUGCCAAGGAGCCAGCUCAAUCAAGUAUUGGAUGCUGAAUUAGGUUCUGACUGGACGUCUAAGCUGAUUAGUUUUGAUUAUGAGCCAAUGGCUGCUGCAAGCAUUGGCCAGGUGCACAAAGCUGUCACUAAAGAUGGUUUGCAGGUCGCAAUGAAAAUUCAGUAUCCUGGUGUUGCAGAUAGCAUUGAAAGUGACAUUGAGAAUGUAAAGCGGCUUUUGGAUUAUACAAAUCUAAUCCCUGAAGGACUUUAUAUUGAAAGAGCUAUGAAGGUGGCAAAAGAAGAAUUAUCUCGUGAAUGUGACUAUGAUUUGGAGGCAUCAAAUCAGAAAAGGUUUCGUACUUUGCUAUCUGGGACAAAAGGUUUUUAUGUGCCACUAGUUGUAGAUGAUAUUUCAAGUAAAAGAAUCCUGACUACUGAACUUGUUUCUGGAAUUCCAAUUGAUAAAGUGGCUUUAUUAAGCCAGGAAACUCGUGAUUAUGUUGGGAAAAAAUUGCUGGAGCUUACUUUGAUGGAACUGUUUGCCUUCCGUUUCAUGCAGACUGAUCCUAAUUGGAGUAAUUUCUUGUACGAUGAGGCCACGGGAUCAAUUAAUCUAAUAGACUUUGGAGCAGCUCGUGAUUACCCUAAAAUUUUUGUUGAUGACUAUUUAAGAAUGGUCCAGGCAUGCGCAAAUAGCGACAGAGAUACGGUUAUCGAGAUGUCUCGGAGGCUUGGAUUUCUGACCGGAAUGGAAUCAGAAAUAAUGCUAGAGGCUCAUGUUCAGGCUGGCUUUGUUGUGGGAUUGCCCUUUUCAAAGUCCGGUGGGUAUGAUUUUCGCCACACCAAUAUUACUCAAAGCAUUUCAAACCUUGGGGCCACGAUGCUCAGGCACAGGCUCACUCCACCACCUGAUGAGGCCUACAGUCUUCAUCGAAAACUUUCUGGUGCUUUUUUGGCUUGCAUCAAGCUCAGAGCAGUUGUGCCAUGUAGGGAAUUGUUGCUUCAAGUAUAUGAGCAGUACCAAUUUGGUGAAAGUGAUGGGGAGGUUUUGUCAAGAGGCUUGGUUUCAUGAUCAUGAUGCCUUGUAAUAUUUUCUUAUCACUUCAUUUACUUAUACGAGUAAGAAAUCUGUGUACAAAUUCAUGAGGUGCUUAAUUUGCUUAAUUUGGCGAAAGGCAAGCUACAUGAAUCGUGUUUUCAGCAGCGGCUCUCCUUUGUCACACCUACUAGAAGAAAGCAGUGAAGGUCGACUUCAUUGAGUUUCAACCGGAGCUGCUUUGGCAGCAUGUUGAUAUUUUGUAAGCACCAUUUUUCAUAUGAAUUGGGCUCCAUUCCACCUAAGCCCUAGAAAAGGAGUAGGCGAUUUUUUAUUCAUUUUAUUUUAUUUUAUUUAUGCUAUUAUUAAAGUUGUAUUGGGAAAUAUAAACUCUAAGGUUUAGAUUUAAAUUUGUAUGAAUUUGAUAAAAAAUUUGAUAUAAAUUGUAUUGAAUUUUAUGAAAA